GAUAUUGACCGAAGAAAAUUGACUUUACCAUACUUUCGGCCAUUUUUGAAAAGCCAUAGAAAAAAGGGAGUGCAUUCUCAAGACUAAAACUUUGCUGCAGGUAGUAUUAUGGGUGCUUCAUUGCAAGUUUGUGGGGAGUGGACUCCAAACCAGAGACGCUUCAAGUUAUCAUCACACCGGUGAUGAUGUGGCAAUAUGUCUUUAGAAAGUGUGAUCGGAGGUGCGAUUAUAAUUGUGACGCAUUCACGAUGUGAUUUACUUUACUUAAGUGCAGUGCUUAGAGAUGGGCUGUGGACACAGCAAGAUCAAUAUAUAUCCCAAGAAGUACAAGAACAGAAAUAGCCCUAAAAAGUCUGUAACCAUAAACAACUCUGAACCUGUGGAACAAGAAACGGCGGAAGAGUCUGAGCUGAAUGAAAAAUUAGACGACUGUGAUUCGAGAAAGACAAUUAAAGUGAAACCCUUCGGAGGACCAUUACUUGCACAAGUGGAAAUAUCGCUGAGUCAACAGAACUUUUUCAAAAUGUUGGAUGAAAAAAUAGAAAAUGGUCCAGAUUAUGACGCGGCGUGCGAAGCAGAGAGAGCUGCGGAAGCGGCAAGAUUACGCUCUUUACUACGGAACUGGGAAACUGCAAGUGCCGGAUCGCGAUCCUUGCCUACAACUCCAAUUCGAAAAACAAAAGUACGCGGAAACCAGGAGAAACCAACCGAUGGACCAAUUCGUUCGAACGAACCCAUACGAUUAAAUGAAAGGAUUCAUUCGCAGAUUCCACCAAAUGUUAUACACCAGUCGUACGGGGUGACGCAGCCCGCUUAUAGGCAAACUGUAUAUAAUCCAGUCUACCAGCAGACCACUUCGAAUUCUUACUCCCCAGCCAUGCAGUAUCAAGUGUUGAGUCCGAUGUAUAUUAAUCAGCAAAGCUAUCAGCAACCUUCUCCAAAGCUUUAUCCGAGUUACAACCAACAUGGCAGCCCAAUUAAAAUGGUUUAUCAAACCAAUAACGUCAAACACAUUCCUGUUGAGCAAUCACAAAUUAGUUAUAGUCCGAGUCAUAAAGUUUAUGGAUCUGUGCCAAAGAGUAGUAGCAGUUUUACAAACGGAGAUCUUAUAGUACAGCAACAAAUUUAUAAUCAACAAAUACAAUAUCAGCAGUCGCGGGAAUAUCAGCAAUACAGGCAAAGUAAAGAACAAAUGUUGCUGCAGCAGCAAGGAUAUCAAUCCUCUAGAAGCUAUCAUAGCAGUGUGCAUAUUCCCAUAGUCAUGCAUAAUCAACAAAAUGACGUGAGCCCUUUGCAUAGAAAACAGUAUGAGAUGACGUGAUUUGAAAGUGUCACUUAGGUAUCAAUAAUUGGAUUGGUGUUAAAUGUAUAUAUACUUAAAUGUACUUUAAUAAGUACCUAUGUCAAAAGAAAUGUCUAUAUAUAGUUGAAUGUAUGUAUAUAUAUAUUAUAUAGUAGUAUACAUUACUUUAUUUAUAGCAUUACGCUUCCCUACGAAUCUGUGCUUUGGUGCUCAUUCAUAAAUUAAUUAUUGUAAUAAAUAAUGCAAGGCCCAAUA